UACGUCUCGAGCUCAGAAGUGUGGCGAGGACUCGCGCUUUGAAGUUUCGUCGAGGUUAGUGUGCGCGUGCAGAAGACAUGUCGGGCGGCAGGCUGAUGAGAGCCAUCAGAGUGAGCGAGUUUGGUGCGCCGUCAGUGCUCAAACUCUGCUCAGACGUGCCUGUCCCUCAGCCUGGACACAGACAGGUGCUGAUUCGUGUCCACGCCUGUGGAGUGAACCCAGUGGAAACUUACAUCCGGGCUGGGACAUUCGCCCGAAAGCCUCCUCUGCCAUACACACCAGGCACAGACGUAGCUGGAGUGGUGGAAACUGUUGGAGAAGGAGUUACAGCAGUAAAGGCUGGAGAUCGUGUGUUCACCACAGCUACAGAGUCUGGAGGUUAUGCAGAGUACAUGGUAGCAGCUGACGACUGCGUCCACAAACUGCCCGAUGCUUUAGACUUCAACCAGGGUGCAGCCAUAGGGAUCCCUUACUUCACCGCCUACAGAGCUCUGAUUCACAAAGCUCACACCAAACCCGGAGAGACUGUCCUCAUCCAUGGAGCCAGUGGAGGGGUCGGUGUGGCAGCGUGCCAGUUGUCCCGUGCUCUGGGUUUCACGGUUUUGGGGACAGCGGGGACUCCGGAAGGAAUGAAGCUGAUUCUCAAUAAUGGAGCGCACCUGGCCUUUAAUCACAGAGAGGAGGGCUACACUCACAAAAUCAUGGAAGCCACAGAGGGCCGAGGAAUAGAUGUGAUCGUAGAGAUGCUGUCCAAUGUCAACCUCAGUAAUGACCUUCAGAUGUUGGCCUUUGGAGGACGUGUUAUGGUGGUUGGCAGCAGAGGCUCUAUAGAGAUCGACCCCAGAGACACCAUGGCUAAAGAGAGCAGCAUCAUAGGAGUGGUUCUUUUCUCCUCUACACCGGAGGAGAAGAGGGAGUGUGCGGCGCUGCUCUACGCUGGGAUGGAAGCUGGUUGGCUGCGUCCGGUCGUCGGUUCCCAGUAUCCCCUUGAUAAGGCCGCCCAGGCCCACCAUGACAUCAUUGAGUGUCCCGGGGCUUUUGGGAAGACAGUCCUGACCAUGUGAUGAUGAGAUCACAUCAGAGGUCAAGAGUCACCAAGUAGGGCUUUAGUUGUUCAUAAAGGGGAGACUCUUGCUACAAUAAAGAAAAUAAGGUGUAAUGUGAUUACAUUAACCCUUUGAAACCUGGAUCCACAUCAAAUAUCUUGUGCCUAAUUUGGACGCCUUCCCCACGUAUUUAGACCUCUGACCCCUGAGCAAAUUGGUUUGAUUUCUUUUGAAAACAUGA